AUGCGUAUCUGGGUCAAAGUGCUGAAGACUUACUGCGAUGGCGCCAUUGCAAAGCCUCAGCUCGGGUUUCUGGCUGUCCACCGAAAUUUGCUCCUGUAUAAACUCCUUUCUACGAUUCCCGAAGGCGAAAAUAUAGAAACACAGCUGCCAGUGGAAGUGAACACACAAAUCCGAUACGACAAACGAAGACCGACCGAAUUCCAACCGGCUCAUCCAACUAGCUUUGAUCGUCUUUUCGAUCGGGGUGACUUUCCCAUGUCCAAUCCCAGGCUUUACCAAGUCCUUGCAUAUCGAUUGAAGGCGCAGAUCAAGCAUGAUCUGGCCGCACUAACCGCAACAUCAGAGAUGCAAUCGUUUGCAAUCUGGUUGGCUAUGCUUGGUUCUUGUCUGCCGUACAGGUUUCCGAUGAAGUAUCAAGGACUUGGUUCCCGGACAGAUUAUGCCCAUCGGCUUAGAAAUAUACUGCUUCCCGACGCUUGUGAUCCGGGCGCACAGAUGGCCUGGGAAGAAGUUUCAUGGCGUCUGAAGGCCCCUGUGAACAACCAACCCUUGGUCGUCACAUCUGUCAAGGAGCUGCCUCAUAUCCACCUUAUCUCGAAAUACCGAUAUCCUAUUACGAGUAAUCCAUCCCUAGAGACGAUCGUUGGAUAUCUUCUCGAGGCUCCCAAGAUCGUGCGCGACCUCCAGCCCAUGCAAUGGCAGUUCAUCGAGACCCCUCCGGAUGGUACUUUGAUGCUCACAUGGCAACCUCUUGAUUACUUAGGAACAACUUUUGCAAGUGACGGCUUCAUCUGGGCUGAUCAAGAGCAUGUGUUCAAGUCGGAAGUCAGAGGAUAUACUCUAGAAAUGUUCCUCCAAAGAUCGGGAUAUCGCGCACAAGGUGAGGCGAUGGCCACUCAUAGUAGAAGACGAUAUCGACUCCUUCCCGGAAAUCCUAAUCUGGGACUGCCGAACCCCGACCCCAGUUUGUGGUUAACCCACUAUUCCAAAGCCUCUCCUCGCGACCACGUGCCUGCGGCCUCGAUCGUUGUUCCGCCUUACACCCAUGCACAACUACAGCAGCGACGGAUGAUUCAGAGCCAAGGACAGCUGCCUCGCAAAGAAUUCAUGUUGAGUGAUCGAUCAUCUUGGCCUACCAUUCAUCUUCCUCCAGCGAUCGCAAGAGCGAGUGCUCCGCCAAUUCCUCCGGCGGCGUCACACCGAAGAGCGACGAGUAUAGGGCAAGAUCCCACAUUGGAGGAAGAGGAGGACGUCUCUCGCGGUGACCUCCUGGAUUUCGUGACUCCGAGAGAUAUCAGCCGAGUCCGAUACGAGCAACAUCACGAAUGGAUGGAAGAGAUCCUCGAGUCACCCUAUCCGACUUCAUCGAUCAUCCCCAGUGACCUGGGGUUAGGACGCAAAGGCCAACUCGAAGAAUUGACCAAGGACUUUUUCGAUGCUCCAGUUUCAGCACAGAAGGAACCCAACAGUGGUCCCCCGCCGCGAGUGGGAAAAAUGCCAGCCGGACAAGCCGAUGAUUUUGUAAAACGAGCAGAGGCGAAAUUGGCCGACAUGGGGGCAGAGUUGGAAAAGAUAAGAAAGACGCAUGCUCGAAGAAUGGAAAAGUUCAAGCGGUCUUCGACGCUGACUGUUGCUGAAAGAAAACUACGAACCACUCCCAAUUUCCCAGAACGACAGAGUCUUGGGAACGACGUGGAUAAUGCGGGAACCGCUUCUAAACCUCGUGAUGCAGUUGAGGAGAUCAUGGCGACCGUGGAAGCGGAGACGGGCAGAAAACUCGUCAAGACCACCGCUAUCACUAUUGCCUCUAGAGGAGGACUUGAGGAACGGGUGAAGAUUCCACCAGCCACAAAUGGACUUGCUGCUCUGGCCGUCGCAUCCUCGGAGAAGGCUGCAAAUUCUACUCCUACUAAUAACCCACAACAGGCACAGCCACCACCCAUGACGACAACAACAAUCACCACCGCCGCCGCCGCCGCCAGCAGCGAAGAAAAGCCCCAGGAAAAGGCCAGUGAGAGACCGACCAACACGAACACCGAUGCACAGCCAACUCGAUCGGCCACUCAAGAUGAUCAAUCUACUGCUGCGGAUUUGCAAGGCGAAACAGUUGACCAACAUCGAGGAACUGAUCUCCCUCAACUCGAUGACAUUGGAGUAGAUGUGAACAUGGAUGGUCUGGAUGACGAGAAUGGCGAUAAUGGAAAUCAGGGUGGAAAUGAAUGGGUCAUGAUCGACGAAGAUGGUGGUCAGGAUGCCGAAGAAAUGGAUCUCCCAGACAUCCCAACCGGGGAUCAAUCAAAUGAGAAUCAGGCGGCAGCGCCGGAGAAUGCUACCCACUCCAGUGAACAGACGACAAAUCCGCCACAGCAAACAAACGUUCAACCGGGUCACGAUACGCCGCUGGAUACUCCCGAUUUCGAUAUGGGGGGAGACUUUGACAAUGUCGAGGUGGACACCGCUGGGGAUGCUCUUGCCAGUUAUGGGAAUGAUGAGGAUGAUCUUAACCUCGAUCCUAUGGAAGAUUCGGCGUUUGGGGAUGCAUUCCACCCGGAGGAGGAUGAGGAUAUCUCUUGA